AUGGCGCCGAACGCGCCCACCGCUCUCGACAUUCAAAGUAUGAACGAGGCGGCCGUGGAGCAGGUGCGUCUGCAAGUCGCCGACGUCAUUGACCCGCGCUACGACACCAAGUGGAACAUUCUGCGAUGGCUCCAGUCGAACGAUUUCAACAUUCCCAAGACGGUGCAUCUGCUCAAAAAGCACUUGAAAUGGCGCAAAGAUCGAAAGCUCGACGAGCCGGAAGCGCAGUCGUUGCUGCAGUUCAGCGAUGCUCGACGCACGCACGCGCCGAUGGAUAUUGUCGGACCGCAGAGGAAGGAGGGCGGCGAUCGGCUCGUGGUGGUCGAUCGGGCCGGAAGGAUCGACGUGGGCGGUCUGAUGAAGGCGGUGCAGCCGACCGAGUAUCUCCAUGAAAUGUUCCGUUCGUUCGAAGAGAUUCAGCGGAGGAUUAUGAAGGUGAGAAGGCGAUUAUGGCCGCCGGAUUGAUUGAGCUUUUUUGAAGAUGGAAGCGGAAACCAAUGUACAAGGCUACAUGCACUACAUUUUCGACCUCGACGGUCUGAAUUUCGACCCAACGUUACUUGGAGUGGUUAAUGGUUGGUCAGAAAGAGUCACCUUACAAGACAUGUUCUCAAAUCUUAUUUUCAGGUCCAUUCCGUGUCUCGUGGCAGCUUGUCGCUCAGCACUACCGCGAGUUUAUCGACAAGUUCAUCGUCAUCAACUCGCCCAGUUGGAUCAAUGUUAUAUGGUACUUUUGUCUGUAAACAAAUUAUGUAUAUUGAAAUCAUUUUUCAGGUCGGCCCUCUCGCCAUUCAUUCCGGAACAGUCGAAACAGAGAAUAGUGUUUGCGGGGUCGAAUUGGAAAGAGGAGCUGUUGGAGAUUGUGGACAAAGAUUGCCUGCCGGAGAGGUACGGGGGACUGAUUCCGGAUGCUCAGUGUCUGAGACCUAUGGAGCCGGUCCCGAAGAGUUUGUACUGGAAGGCGCCGUCGCAUUAUCCGGCUAUAGAACAACUGCACAAAGUGUCCGUGUCUGCGUGUAAGUGCUACUCAUUUCUGAAUCUCUGAGAACCACUUCAACUUCAGCCAAAAACCGAAUGCUGGUCUACAAGGUCGACAAGCCGGAGACGGAGCUUCUGAUGUACUCGCACAACGAGAACGACAUCACAAUCACCCUCUACUACUCCACUGAAAGGAAUGCGUCCGAGAAUGAGAUGGAGCUGGCGGUGGCUCCGAUUCCAAAGUGUGGCCUGCCAGCUAUAGAUCUGUUCGACUACGUCUGCGAGUUCCCCGGAUAUUAUCACGUCAAACUGAGCAAUGAGGCCUCGUGGCUUCUUCCCUCCACGUAUCGAUUGAUGGUUUUCGAAAAGGACACUGGAGUCGAGUUGGAGCCGUUGAAUCUGAGCGAAAAAUGGAUCAAGAAGGGGCAGAAAGGGAGCAAGAAGAAGUGA